AUGGGUGAUUUAAAAAUAUCAACUCUUAACCUCACCAAAAGGUACAGCAACUCUUUUUAACUGUUUCUGAUGGUGCACAGCCAUCGGGUCUUCAGAGGGUUUUUCAUCAUGCUGUUAUUGUUUCAUAUGAUUCUGUUGCUUGUACCAUGGAUUGAGAUCAAAAUACCGGCAUGGCCAAUAUUAAAAAUAAUAUUUGCAAUAGGGGCUUCUUUAUGGCCAUUUCCAACCUUUGAUAUGCUAUCUGAAGAAAACCUAUACUUAAGACAGGUAUUAAUGAAAACAUUGGAGAUUUCAGUGAUUAUGUUAUAUGCUAUAGAUUUAUUGCCAAAAAUAUUUAUUUGGAGAUAAAAUGUGCUUUGGAAAUUUGUCAACAUUGUUAUUUUAUCUUAAAUGAUGUUUUUAUUGCCUGUGUCAAUAAUUGCAUAUGAUAAAAUUGCAUUGCCAACUGAUACUAUGAAAUUAAGAAUAUUUUCUAUUAGUUUUUGUUUUGUGAUUGUAUGUGAAAUUCUUAGUAUCAGAGAAUAAAAAUCAUUAAGAUUCUUAAAAAUAAAUUAGAGGUAAUAAGAAAAGCAAAGAUAAAUUAAAUAAAAAAUAUAGGAAUUUAGUUGGUGUGAAAUAGUGAAACAUGAUACUCCUAAUGAUUGUUGGAUAGUAAUAAAAGAUAAAAUAUAUGAUGUUACUUAAUUUUUAUAAUAUCACCCAGGGUAACUAGAUUUCUAAUUAAUUUAGUGGUAAUAUGAUUCUUGAUGGAGCAGGUGGAGAUUGUACAGCUCUUUGGUAUUCUUAUCAUCCAAGUAAAUUAAUAAAAUAGGAUCCCCCUUAAUAAUAUAUGAUAGGGAAGGUCAGAGAUUAUUAAUAAUAUUAUUCAUAUGAUGAUGAUUUCUAUUAAAACAUAAAGGAAGAAGUUGAAUAAAUGAUACCAAGAAAUAAUUGGUAAAAUCAUUGGAUUCUAUUUGUAAAAGGAUUUUUGUGUAUAAUUGGAUAUUUAGCAUGUUUAUAUUAUUAUGUAAAUUAUUGUACAUUAUUGUCUGCAAUAUUAUUAGGAUUCUUUGCUGCAUAAGUAUUAUAAUAAAUUAAUUAUUAGGCUGAUGUAAAUAUAAUGCAUGAUGGAAAUCAUUAUGCUUUUUCAUCAAAUAAAACAUUAUCAUUUUUAGCUGGUUAUGUUUUGGAUCUAACUUUUUCUACAAGUGUAGUUUAUAGAAGAUCUCAUAAUUUUGGACAUCAUAGUUGUGUUAAUCAUUUAGAAUUAGAUAGAGCAUUUGAUACUACAUUUCCAUAUAUAAGAUUACAUCCACUUUAAUAAAGAUUUUGGUAUCAUAAAUAUUAACAUUUGUAUAUAUGGAUUAUUUAUACAUUUGUUAAUUUUACUGAUGUAUUUGGUACUUUUGAUGAAAUGCAAUGGUUCAGUAAUUAUCCAUGUAGAAGAGGAUAUGUAUCUAAAUUGUAAGUAUUCUUGUAAAUAAUCGUUAAAAUUUUAUGGAUUUCAUUAACUUUAAUUUAUCCUUCGAUAAAAUUUUCUUACAAGGUUGCCUUUGGAAUGUGGUUUGUGUAUAAUGCAGUACACAGUUAUAAUUAUGCUUUGUAUUUUUCUGUAAAUCAUUGGACUUUAGAGGCUGGUGUAGUGGAUAAUCAAAAUAUCAAUUAAACAAAUUGGGGUAAAUUGUAAAUUUAAAAUUCUUCUAAUUUUGCUCUUGAUUCUUUUAUUUGGACUCAUUUAUCUGGCGGACUUAAUUAUUAAGUAAAGCUAAAUAGUAAUUACUUAGAUUGAGCAUCACCUAUUUCCAUAGUUUGCACACACUAGACUCAAGGAAAUAAAGAGCACUAUUUAAGUGAAAGCUUAAUAAGCCAAAAUAAAGUAAAUAAUAGAUUAAUAUAUAAUAGAUAUUUUGAGUUCCCAUCAUUUUUAGAUGCUUUAAUUAGUCACUAUAAAUUGUUAAAAAUUUUAGGAUCAUAAGAUAAAAUUUGA